GGACUCAAAGUCACAAGGGUCCGCACCUUCUUUUCAUUCAAAUAUAGCAGUGAAAAUUUUCCAUGCACCAUCAUGUGCUGGUUGGAUGUCAUUGGAGACUCGCCUGAUGAAGAUACUGGGAUGUGGAUGGUUUGUCCAGUGUACAGUGCUAACCAUGCACCUUUACAUAGUAUUAUACAUGUGGACAUGAUCUACCGCGCUGCUCACCUCGUCCCCAUCUAUGGCAGGCAUUUUCUUCCUCCAAACAUCAAUCUAUAUGUUUCUUAUGAUGCUUUUUGGGCUUACUAUAUUAACAAAUUUGUUGACCAUCAUGCAUUUGAAAUUGCUUCAUAA